CUCAUCUUUGAUUGAACCCAAGACCAAGCUAAGCAUAAGUUGCCUCAUGUUUAUUCGACACGCCAUCCAUUUUUCCCUUAAAAAAAAAGAAUGGCUGAACAAAUUUGGAGAGAAAUUGAUGAUUAUACAGAAGAGCUAUUUUUUGACCAAAACGAUGUCGUUCUUCAAAAAACAAUAGAGCUCAGUAACGAAGCUGGAUUACCUUCUCACAAUGUUUCUCCUACUCAGGGCAGAAUGCUUGCGAUGCUAGUUCAACUGAAAUCAGCUAAGCGAGUGUUAGAGAUUGGAACACUUGGUGGCUACAGUACAAUUUACUUUGGUCGCGCGCUGCUCUCUGUUACAUCAAACGACGCAAAGUUGAUUACACUGGAAAAGAAUCCCAAAUGUGCUGCUAUCGCCAAGGAGAAUAUUGAAAGGGCUGGGCUAAGUUCUAUCGUGGACAUCAAGAUUGGUGCUGCCAUAGACAGUCUUGAUGAACUAAUUUCAAAAAAUGAAGUAGCAUUUGAUUUGAUCUUCAUUGAUGCGGAUAAAAUUAACAAUACAGAAUACUACAAAAGAGCUAUGCAGUUGGCUAAGUCAGGAACACUUAUUGUUGCUGAUAACGUCAUAAGAGCCGGUGAAGUCUUGAACAAGUCUAGUCAAGAUCCCAAUGUUAAAGGUGUUCGUGCGUUCAAUAAUUAUGUUUCGAGAGAUGACCGUGUCUAUGCUACUGCUAUCCAAACUGUUGGUUGUAAAGGGUACGACGGUUUUGCAAUGAUACUAGUUAAAUAACCCUUAAAAUCCUGGAUGGUUUAUUUCAUAAACUAUAGAGUUUAUUCAUUAAAUAUAUUAUCCAGCCUUUGGCUCGUUUCCUUCUUGCUCUUCGAACUGAUCUGCCUGUGUAAUCACUCGAAGGACAGAUUUUUUACUCGUUUCUUGUAAUUCGCCUGCUAUUAAAAGCUCAUCCAAGAUGAAAUAUGCCUAUGAAAAUGCUUAAUACAUCAGUGAUAGCAAAAUAUGAGGACUAAAAGAUACCUUUUGAAAAUUGAAAAUUAAGUCAAGCUCACAAACCUACCAUCAAAUAUGCAAAUGAGCCAAGAGUUAAACACGAA